AUGAUAAUAACAAUAAUGAGGAUAUCCUAACGAAGAGCUCGUGCGCAACAAGUUGCACAAGUACCGGCGACAAAACCGCGGACGAGGGCGACGAGCGCGCUGAUGCAACCCCCGCCCGCGCGCGCCAAGUCCGCAGAAGUUCCGGAGGACACCCCGAUUAACGAGCGACUCGGUCUCCCAUUACUUUGGCUCCCGCCGUCCUCCGUCAUGUCUCUGUCCCAGACGAAAUGUCUGGAAGACGGCCACGUCAACCCGCGGACGCACGAGUCCAAAACGGAAUUCUUCUACUGUGAGGACCAGCGGCUCGCGCUGGAGGCUCUCCUCCGGGACGGUCGCGAGGGCGUUCGCCAAGUUCCUGCGGGGCGCGCCGUGCGGGGCUUCCUGUCGGAGCCGGAGCAGGAAGUCCUGACCGCGGCGGUGGAGCGGUACGACCCGGGCUCGGAGCUCCGGCAGAGGGAGGACGCGGACGACGCGGAGUCGCUGUCCCUACAUUACUGGCCGGACGUGUCCGACGUGUCCGUCCCCGACCUGGACCUCGGCUGGCCGGACUGCGCGGCCUACAGGGGGGUGACGCGCGUCAACGUGUACGCGCAGCCCCCGCUGGACGGCCAGGCGCACAUCAAGGAGGUCGUUCGGAAAGCAAUUGCGCAGGCGCAAAAGGUGAUAGCAGUGGUGAUGGACGCGUUUACAGACGUGGACAUCUUCAGGGACCUGCUGGACGCCAGCUUCAAGAGGAGGGUGUCCGUCUACAUCCUGUUGGAACGCACCGCGCUAACUCACUUCCUGUCGAUGUGUGAGAGGGCCAACAUGCACGCAGGACACCUGAAGAACCUUCGUGUGCGCUGUAUGGGGGGAGCAGAGUUUUACACGAGGUCAUGCACCAGGGUCCGAGGCCGUCUGGGACACAGGUUCAUCUUUGUGGAUGGUGACAAGGCUGUGUCUGGAUCAUACAGCUUCACCUGGAUGUCAUCAAGGCUUGACAGACACCUCAUCACCGUGGUUACGGGCCAGGCAGUGGAGACCUUCGACCGGGUGUUCCGUGACCUUUAUGCGACGUCGAGUGCGGUUAACCUCCAACGAAUCGCCACAGAGCCUGAGCCUGAGCCGGAGCCUCUCCCUCAGCCGGCCCCGCUGGCUCUUCCCUCCGCUGCUGUUGCGAGGAAACUCUACAACCCCAAAUAUGCCUUGCUGGCCAUUGGUACCAAAAGCCCCAGUCCUACAUCCUCUUCUGGCCACAACAGCCCCAAAGACUCCAACUCCCAGAACCCACCGCUUCCACAAUCCAACAGGAGGAGGAGGAGGGUGAAUAAAGAGGCCACAGUGGAAGAAGCACCUCCCCUCCACCCAGGACUACUCAAUCUGGAGAGGGCAUAUUUGAUCCCGUACCUACCCACGUGGCCUGAGCCAGACCCCCCCAGCGACGUCAUCGGGUUCAUCAACGUCCGAGAUGCCAGUCGACCAACGCAGGUGCACCUACAGCGCUCAGAGAGGUUUGAAACCAGCCAGGCAAUCCGGUUUAGCAGUCCAAUCAGCAUGCCUGAAAAGGUGCUGCCAGUUAUAGCCCAACCCCGGCAAAUCGCCGCUAAAAAAGAGUCGAGCGCAAGGUGUAAGGUUGAACCGACACCAGGUGACACCAAACCAGAAGAGACCAUGCCAGACAAGAUGAAGCCAGGACAGCUUGAUGCCAGACCUUCAAGCACAGACCCUAAAAGAAGUGAACAGGGAGAACACGCAACCGGGCCAAAAACACAGACUGCUGAUCUGAAACUGGUCACUACAGAAACCCCAUCACACACUCUGAAAUCUGAACCCAAAAUGAUGACCACGGAGAAGCCCGACACACCUGCUGUCAACAACGGCCGUUACCUGUCCUCAGAAACUCCUGUGAACUCGGUCCUAACCUCUCCCAUCUCCACUCCCCCCAUCACCAAGCCUCGUACCAUCCUGCUGGUCAUCAAAGCAGGUGAUGGUGACCCAGACACAGAAGAGGUCACUGUGAUGCGAAGGGCCCAGAGCCACCCAAGCACGGCACUAGUCAUGGAGCGCAUCAUGGGUGUAUGUGACACACAAUCAGGUCCAGAUUCUGUUCCCUGUUUUGAAAAAGAGACAGAGGCUGUGCUAGAACUACACAAUAAGAGUGGGAUGAAAACUGGGGUACUAGACGAGGACACAAAUUGGGGGAAACCCAGAGAUGAGCAUUCGGUCACAAAACAAAGCGGGACUCAAACUGAGACACAGGAAACUUGUGAACCAGAAACUGAACGGGAGAGUGACUGCUGGAGCAGAAAAGGAGCACAAGUGUUGCCUGAAACAAAAAUGCAAGCUCAAUCAGACAAUUUCCUGACCAACGCGCCUCAGAUGGACAACAUGACGCCAAAAAACAUCCCCACCACACCACAGCUACAGCCUGGCAAUGAUAGCAAAUUACCACAACAGAACGAGUCCUCCACAGCACCAAAUGAAACCAGCGAGAAUGUGACACAGUCAAAAUAUAUCCCAAUGGCAAGUGUAUUUCACCCCUCAACUGCUGGCCCCUUGCCUGCAAUCUCUUUAACCUCCAAAACCAACACACACAGUUCUGUUUCUGAUGUGCACACACACAAACAUGACCCUAUUUUGGCUAACCACAUAUACAAACAGGGUGUUGAUGAUGAUGACGUACAAGAGUCCGGACCAGCCGAGGCUGAAAAUGUCCUGCCUACACACUCUCAGCAAGGCGUCAUGACACACUGCACAAAUGACAGAACAGCGCGCACACCACAGAGUGUUCUGAAUACAGCAGAAGAGUCACAACAACCCAAAGCCAAUGGCAGCUCCCACACACCCAAGAAAGACCUGUGCUUACAUUUUUCCGACUCAGCCCCACUUGCACUGGAGGUGCCCUCACUGACGCCUGACAGAGAUACGCGGUCGCACACACCCGUCUUUCGUACACCCGACCCGGACUUGCGGACAAACACUCCAGACCCGCGAUCCUACACUCCAGACUUUCGUACGCCCGACCCGGACUUGCGGACAAACACUCCAGACCCGCGAUCCUACACUCCAGACUUCCGCACGCCCACACCGGACGUGAGUGAUGGGUGUAUCUCUCCAAGGGACGACUCCACUCUCUCCACCACCUCAGAAGAGUAUUACGAAUGCAGCGAGUCGCCGUUCUCCGAGUCUGCCAUUGAGCGACUGGCCAGCCGAGGCCAAAGGACAACAGAGAAUUUUCCAGCUACACAACCAAGCAGCGGGGCUGCGAAAGCCUCCACUAGAGCCACAUCUUCCAUGAGUGGUACUUCAGACAGUAGUGACUCUUGUGGUUUAUCCUUAACCUCAUCCACACCUCAAACCAGACAGAAGACGAGGAAUGAUGGAAAUCAGGGGAACAGAAGGGAGGAGUGCGAGGAGAACACAGGAUAUUCCAAUAAGCAUUCAGCCUCACCACUUGCCACCACCAUCCCCUUCUCAAUCCCAACACCAAGGAACACUCGCCUUCCUGUGGCAACUCUAUCGGUGCCUGCAGAUGCAUGGGACAGAAAAGACCCAGAGGGAGUAGAAAGAGAACAGUCUUGUCAUAAAGUAGAGAUGUCCCCUGUGGGACCAGUAUAUCGCUGCGUAAUGGAUGACGUACAAGAGACACCAGGGGAGUUGUCUUCUAAGAGAGAAUUGGCUAGCAAGGAAUCAGAGCCCAAACGUUUGAGCGCAGAUGAAUUUAAAACAGGCAAGUUUCCUACAAAGGAGAGGAAGUCAAAAGAUCUGCCCUCCAAAGGAGAGACACUAAAAGAAUGUUUUACCAGGGGAGAAAGAGUAGCAGAGACACAGGCACGGGGACCAAGUGGUGCAGAAAAAAAAGGCAGGCCUCUGGCAUUCACAAAGACAGAAGUCAAGAAGGCUGUGCAAGCUCCCCCUAGAUCUCCGUCAUGGCAGCAGCAGGUUGGUUGUGCAGCCCUCCAGGCCCCACCCAGUAGACCUUCUCGUCCAUAUCCAGCUCCUCAACCUCCAGGAGGAAUCAACCAAGUGGGGAGCAAGCUAAUCCACAGCAGCCUCCAGGCUCUGGAGAAUAAUAGAACAUUAUCCAGGCUCAUCCCUGCAUAUGGUGCAGCGGGUGUGGCUGCUGCUGGGCCAAAAAGAAGUCAGGGUGGCAGCUCCCCUGGACGACAUAGCUCCCCCUACAGGCAACCCCCAACAGAGCAGGGGAGGGCGAGAGCUGGGAGGUCACGGAGCCAGCCUCCUUACACACAGGCCUCCUUUCUCUAUACGCAGCCAAACAUACAGAACCCACUUCAACUUCAGACCCAACUUUACUCCUCCCAAAACCAGGCAGCAAGGCAGGGUUCAGCACUGGGAUCCAGGACCAUCACUGGUGCUGUGGGGCAUGAGCACGGCAAGACUUCAUUAAGCUUGUCCUUUGGUAGGCUAUACAACAUCAAGGGCCUGAAGGAAAAGGUGAGCAAACCCUCCCUGCAAAGCAAGAGGAGCAGCACCACCUCGCCCCCACAGGGACACAAGAGCACAGGCUAGCCUGCUGUCUCA